AUGGCAAAUAUCCUUGAAUCUCAAGUACCAUCUACAGUCUGGCAACAUUUCCAACGAGAAGAUUUUUGUAUAGCAAGAGAAUGGCAAACUGAUUAUCAUGUACAACAAAGCAAUAAAACAAUUGAAUUUACAUAUUUACCGUUUGACCAUAAAUCAAUUGAGAGCUUAGUGCCAAAAACAAUUGAUAUAAAUUGUAGUCACAAAUACAUACAAAUUGCAUAUGAUGAAUGUACAAAGUAUAUAUGGAUUAUGCCAUUAUACACAAAAACAGGAAAUGAAAUCAAUGAACAAUUAAUAAAGAACAUACACACCAAAAGUGCUAUACCAAAACGUUCGAGAACAGAUGAUUAUGGACAAUUUAAAGGAGAAAAUUUCACUCAAAUGGCUAAACAAUUAGAGAAUUUCUUUUAG